CAACACCUUCUUAGAGGUCAAGUCCGUCUCCAACCAGAUCUGGAAGUUCCAGCGUUACCAGCUGAUCAUGAAGUUCCACGACCGGCCCCUCCUCCCUCCGCCCCUCAUCAUCUUCAGCCACAUCUACAUCGUUCUGAAGCACGUCUGUCGCCGCUGCAAGAGGAGAACAGAGGGAGAGCAGGACGACAGGGACAACAAAGGACUACAGCUGCUGCUGAAUGCCGAGGAGCUGAAGGUUCUGUACGAGUUUGAGGAGCAGUGUGUGGAGGAGUAUUUCAGAGAGAAGGAGGACGAGGAGCAGUCGUCUAACAACGAACGCAUCAGGGUCACAUCUGAGAGGGUGGAGAACAUGUCGAUGCGUCUGGAGGAGGUGAACGAGAGGGAGCACUCCAUGAAGGCUUCCCUGCAGACGGUGGACCUUCGGCUGGGUCAGCUGGAGGAGUUCUCUGGGCGUAUGAUGAAUGCCCUGGAGAAGCUGGCCGGGGUGGACCACAACGACCUGGUCAGGACCCAGUCGGGGGUAUCCUCGGUCUGCGACCCGUCCUCCCUGCUCCGCCACAGCUCCAUCAACAGCUCUGACGGCUACAGUCUGUACCGGUACCACCUGGAGAUGGGAGAUGACACCCGCUCCGAGGCUGGGGACAUCAAGAGCCCUGAGAGGAAAGUGAUCCACAGGAAAGGGAGCAUGAGGAAGGUGGUUGAGAGGAAAGGGAGUAUGAGAGAAACUACGACCAGCACCACGGCCUCUGUGAAGGAGUAUGGAGCCACGUUAGAUGUGCUGGGCUCCAGAGAGAGGAAUCAUUCCAGCUCCAGAGUCUCCGUCUGCGAAGGGGCGAAGGAAACCCCAACCCAGAGGCCUGAGGCUCCUACAGAGCCUUCUCCACAGCCCAGCCCUGCAGCCUCGAUGGACGCCGCCCUGGAGAAGGCAGGAGUGACCGUGGAGAAGAUCAAGCUAGAAGCAGCCAUCUCAUAUCCUCUGGAGAGGGUCAGGUCCCUGCAGUACCAGUCACCAGAGACCCACAGUGACUGUCUCACCUCCAGGCCCAGAUCCAGGAGCACUAUGGUGUACAACCCAGCCGAUGGGGGAGAUGAGGGGGCUACUUGGGCCACAGACGUCAACAACCCCCUCACAGGGGAGCAGGAAAUGGUUACCUCCAGAUCUCCGACCAUGGGUCACUGGGGAGCUCGCUUCGAGUACAAAGUUCACCCCUGCCCGUUCGGCCACAUGCCCAAAGUCUCCAUGGAGAAGCUAGUCCCCACCACCACCGAUACAAAGGACGAGGCAGAAGCCAAAGAGACAACGACAGACAGUGAACCACAGGAGCCAGGGAAGAGUCAGCCAGAGAGCAACAAAGAUGGAGGCGAGGAGAAGCAGGAAGCGGAGGCUGAAGAUCCUGGUGGGGGCCUUCUGCUUGUGGCAGAGGACAGGAUGUAUCCAUCGCUGAGGUCUAAGAGCCUGAACACCAACCCCAGGAAAGUGAAGGCCAGAGGGGACUGGGCGCAGAGAACCAAGUCAGCCAGUAGUGUAAAAGACCUAACAGCUAUGUUUGGAGGGCCUGGGGAGACAGAGACAGAGGUAGAGACUGACAAACAGUAUUAAAGAUGAGACAGAGGUAGAGACUGACAGACAGUAUUAAAGACCUAACAGCUAUGUCUGAAGGGACUGGGGAGACAGAGGUAGAGACUGACAGACAGUAUUAAAGAUGAGACAGAGGUAGAGACUGACAGACAGUGUUAAAGACCUAACAGCUAUGUUAGGAAGGACUGGGGAGACAGAGACAGAGGUAGAGACUGACAGACAGUAUUAAAGACCUAACAGCUAGGAGGGACUGGGGAGACAAAGACAGAGGUAGAGACUGACAGACAGUAUUAAAGACCUAACAGCUAUGUUUGGAGGGACUGGGGAGACAAAGACAGAGGUAGAGACUGACAGACAGUGUUAAAGACCUAACAGCUAUGUUUGGAGGGACUGGGGAGACAGAGACAGAGGUAGAGACUGACAGACAGUGUUAAAGACCUAACAGCUAUGUUUGGAGGGACUGGGGAGACAGAGACAGAGACUGACAGACAGUGUUAAAGACCUAACAGCUAUGUUAGGAAGGACUGGGGAGACAGAGACAGAGGUAGAGACUGACAGACAGUAUUAAAUAUGAGACAGAGGUAGAGACUGACAGACAGUAAUAAAGAUGAGACAGAGGUAGAGACUGACAGACAGUAUUAAAGAUGAGACAGAGGUAGAGACUGACAGACAGUGUUAAAGACCUAACAGCUAUGUUUGGAGGGACUGGGGAGACAGAGACAGAGGUAGAGACUGACAGACAGUAUUAAAGACCUAACAGCUAUGUGUGGAGGGACUGGGGAGACAGAGACAGAGGUAGAGACUGACAGACACUGUUAAAGACCUAACAGCUAUGUUAGGAAGGACUGGGGAGACAGAGACAGAGGUAGAGACUGACAGACAGUAUUAAAGACCUAACAGCUAUGUUAGGAAGGACUGGGGAGACAAAGACAGAGGUAGAGACUGACAGACAGUAUUAAAGACCUAACAGCUAUGUUAGGAAGGACUGGGGAGACAGAGACAGAGGUAGAGACUGACAGACAGUAUUAAAGAUGAGACAGAGGUAGAGACUGACAGACAGUAUUAAAGAUGAGACAGAGGUAGAGACUGACAGACAGUAAUAAAGAUGAGACAGAGGUAGAGACUGACAGACAGUAUUAAAGACCUAACAGCUAUGUUAGGAAGGACUGGGGAGACAGAGACAGAGGUAGAGACUGACAGACACUGUUAAAGACCUAACAGCUAUGUUAGGAAGGACUGGGGAGACAGAGACAGAGGUAGAGACUGACAGACAGUAUUAAAGACCUAACAGCUAUGUUAGGAAGGACUGGGGAGACAAAGACAGAGGUAGAGACUGACAGACAGUAUUAAAGACCUAACAGCUAUGUUUGGAGGGCCUGGGGAGACAGAGACAGAGGUAGAGACUGACAGAAAGACAAAAAGCCUCAAAGACAGAACACCUGUGACUGACGUCUGAUGAUGUCUGACUGGCAUUACUCAGUGUGGAAUGGAAUAAACUAGCCAAUGGUGUGUGGUAGAGCUGAGCAGCACUGAACUACUGUCUGAGACCCAGGAACGUUGCAUAUCUUGGUUUUUACAAUUCAUUCCAGUUGAUGGGGACAGCUUUGAGCGAGCGAAUGGGGAAAGUGCAGCGAUUAUUGAGUUGUUGUUAAAUGUUUAUUUUUUAUUUUCUAUUGUAUUAAAUAUAUUUCAUGUUGAUUAAUCAAGCAAAUAACAUUGCAGAUACAGACAGCCAUCUUAUAAAGAUAAGGGAUAUUUGUAUUAAUCUAAAAUGGAACUCAUUACACAAACAAGGUAAGAGACGAGGCAUAGUUUUUCCAAACAUUUGCUUGAUCCUUAAAAAUGAGUAAAAAGGGACAAUUAUAGUGACCUCUGUGUAACACAGAUUGAAUAA